AUGGCCUCAGCAGCAGCAGUCGCUGCGAACCAGGCGCGAUCACCCCUCGCCAACGAUCUAGGUGAUGAUGAUGGGAGAACAGGCGAGGUUACAAGCGGCGUCUACUCGAAAGAUGAAGACCUACCUGAUAUGAACGAAGAAGAGGACGAAGAUGAUGAAGAUCUGCCAGCAAACCCUAUGCAGAAUCGUGGUGGACGGCGACGGGUGAAUGGCGCUGCACAAGACGAGGAGGAGGAGGAGGAGGAGGAGGAGCCGCCAGCCGGAGACGAUCUAUUCGGCGACGAGGAUGAAGCGAAGGGAGAGGCAGAGCAGCCAGCGCGCAGGCAGCUAGAUGACGAAGAGCUUGACUCUGGCGACGACAUGGAUCGCACAGAUCGUGUAAAUGCCGAGCCAGAGCAGGAAUUUGGCGCCCAGGAACUGUCAAUCAUGGAGCUGGAGAUGCCGCGACAGGCUGUACCAGAGCCCAGCGAUGGCGAGAUGUACUUGUUGAAGAUGCCCUCAUUCAUGGCUAUCGAGCCGCAAGCAUGGGACCACAAGGCCUUUCAACCGCCCACGACUGACCACCAUUCCACCAAACGCCCGAGCGAGACGUUCUCGGCAUUCAACACAGCACUCUCAACAAUGCGAUGGCGCCACUCUCCCUCGGACCGUUCUCAGCUCCAGUCCAACGCAAGGAUAAAUCGAUGGUCUGAUGGAUCCUUGACCCUCCAGCUUGCCUCGGAUCCUACCACACAAUACGAGGUUGACGCCAACGCGCUUGCACCACCUCAAAGAAAUCCUCUCAAACCUACACCAACCAGCAUGCAGGCUCUUGGAGGCAAGGCGGGACGCCACGGUGCGGCACUGAGCGAGAAAUACAAUCAGGCCAAGGACGCCUUCACCUACCUCCUCCGUCCCAAUCCAGACAGCGGCGUCAUGAUGGUAACGCACAAGAUCACCGCCGGCCUCAGCGUGAAGCAGUCUGCAACGGUUGAGGACGACGCAAUCGAGCGCCUUCAGGCUUCGCUUGCAGCCGCUUCAAAUGCUAGCAAAGUCAAUGGCGCCAGCGGCAUUAAUUUGGUCCAUAUCGACGAAGAUCCUGAGAAGGCAAGACUACAGGCAGCGAAAGCUCUCCAGGAGUCGGAGAAGAGCAGGAAGAAACAACAGGCGGCUGUGGAUCGGGAAGCUGCUCGCUCCGAACGUGUGCUUGGCAGGAAAGGGCUGGGGGCGAGUCGAGCCGGUGGCUUGAACGUAGGCAUGCUCGAAGACGAUGAGGAAGGCGGAGCUGGCGGUCGAGGUCGUGCUGGUCCCAACAAGGCACGGAAGCCGCGGCGGAGAAGAAACAGCGAGUACAGUGAGGAGGAGGACUUUGGUCGGCAGCGGUUCUCUCGCGAAGACGAGUACGACGAGGAGGAUGACUUCCUUGCUCCUUCAGACGAAGAGGAGGUUGUCGAGGACGACGAGGACCCUGAUGACGGCAUCGUGGAGGAUGCCUAUCGUCGGGAGCGCACACCGAAGCGUGACCGGCCGGUCGAGGAUGAUGAGGCAGAUGCCCCGGGCGAGGAAGAGGACGAGGAUCAAGUGCAGGCGUCAAGGUCGAAACGGCGGCGGGUGAUAGCCGACGAAGAUGAAGAUGAGUGA